CGUGAAGCGACGCGGACACAGCCUCCAACGUUAAAUAAUCGGGACUGGAGAAUAUAAUUCGCAUGCUGUUUGGCGGAGUUUGUGCUGGGAGAGCCGCGAAACCGGGACGUAACCUCCGCGGCGCGCACCGUCCAGCAUGAGCCCCUCAGAAACGCCAGCAGCAGCGCUUGCACUGGCACUCGAGCCACCCGUCCCUACAGCUUCUCGAUCUGGCGGAGCAGGUUAUGGCGCCGCAUCUAUAAGCGCUUAUGAUUUUUCCCAACUUGACAUUCUCGCCCAGCAAAGACGCUUGCUAGAAGUCGGCGUAACUGGCGAGCUCAUCUUCGAAAGUGCGCAACAGGCGGACCCGCCCCUUUCCACCAAGCUACAGAAGCUGUGGGCAGAGCGCGGAGACUUUUCAAAGUUCAGCACAAAAGCGCUGACCAUCAAAGACAGCGAAGAUGCGGACCAAGACGGUGAAGGAGAUGGAACAAUAGCAGUCCUGGGCAUUGAUGAUGAGGACGAUGAUGGACAUAGCGAAGGUAAGGUAGCUGGAGCAAGCGGGCAACAGACAGGGAACACUUCGGUCUCCCAGCAACAAUCUUCCAAUAUUCAUUCAUCUGCAAUGAUCUCGAUCCCGGAGAUGAUUGCAUUAAAAGAGCGCAUGCUAGCGCAGCUCACAGCAGCUCAGCACGCCGUACACUUUAGCAAUAUGCUCCUUUCGUUGCUCAUUGCCGGUGCCAAACCUGCCGCUGCACCCACAUUCGGUACUGCUUUAAAAACGGCUUCGCGCGCAGGAUCACCGGAACUUGGUGCAGGAAAAGCUGGCAGUAGCACUGGCGGCGGUGGCGCCGGCGUAGGAGGCACCCAAGCAGCUGAAGACGGAGGGUGGGGCAUUGAUCCGUCCGUAAUCGGCUUGACGCGGAUCGCGCUCAAAGAAGACCCGAGCGAGUCACCCGCGUACUUGGGAGAUACAGCGAACUCCGCUCGAGGAGAUGGCCAAGGUCUUUCGGCAGCGCAGGUGAAUGCGCUCAAGAGCGAAGCUGAGAUCGCACAUGAACGCGCACUCGCGCUCGGAAUGCAACGGGAUGGGAUCACAAGCGCCAUUGCGAUUCUCCGACGCGGCGCAGAGCAGAUACGGUCGGCCGUCGGGGCCAGUGCCUCUCCAUCUGAGAGCGGCGCUGAAGCCGCUCAGCCGCAAUCACCGAGUCGUAGAGCGCUCGCGGAGCGAAUACGAUGGGAAGGCCUGAAGCGUCUCAAGUCCGGAACCAGUACUGAGGCAGGCUUGAGCGGCGGAGGCGCAUGGGGUGUCCGCGGUGGCAAGCCCAUCGAGAUGGAGAUGCGGCGAAAAUCAGGGCUUCUCGUUCAGGGCAUGCCAAAUGUGAACAAGGCCGAAGAGGCUAGAGACGCUUGGAUUGGAUGGGGAGUGCCAGAGUCGCACCCUCGCUAUCGCCGGCGAACGCUCGCUUAUUUUGCGUCUGAGGCGACUCUCGACUCGAAAGCUGAUGGGCAAGAGUUGCCGGACGACCCGGCAGCCAUUCCAGAUCACAUCAUUGCCAAGCACAUUGUUAUACCAGACCGUCCUAACAAGCGACUGCGUGUUGCAUUCAAGCUCCGCACAAGCGGAAAGGCUGCUCAUGUUGCGGAGAGUAGCAAAGUUGUAGACGCAAUAGGGGAAGAAGAGGUGCUGCUGUGCAGUGACCUGACCAAUGGCGAAGAGUCAGCACAGAGCGCAGAAACAACCAUCGAUGCGGUACUGCAACGGGCUGUGGAUGAGAUUGCAGAUGUGGAGCUUUUCGACGAGAUUACACGACAAGCACGCCAGCUCUCCAGCACCUACGACAUCAGCAUCUCUGCUGAAUCGGUAAAGCUGGCAUUGACGCCCGAUGUGACGCUUUCUUACGAGUUCGUGCCCACUUGUGUGACGUCGGCGACCCACGAAAAGACAUCAUCUUCAGCGCGUCAUGAGGCUCAUCAGGUUGAAGGAAAAGGGACUGCAGAGCACUAUUCGCCAAUUGCAGCAGCUCUUUGUUGGGUCGCACGGCUAGCGCUUGUGCAAAAGUACAAGCGAGUCGCCAGGGCGAUGCAAGCUGGAGACGAGGCAAGCCUGGGCACUCAUAUGGUGCCCCAUGCAAGUGAGGCAAAUGCAUCGGUGCUCGCGCCAGUCAUUGGCCUUUUCCUCUACUGCAGAACGGCCAGCGCGCUCAAAGGAAAGCUCUCAGAACUCAGAACCGAAUUUCCAGAGUGUACGCUGGUAUUCGAGCCAUUUGCAAGUGUGCAGGAUGUGCAGAAGUGGUUGGCUAGCUUCAUCGGCGGCAUAGACCUGGCACGCUCGCAACUAUGUGGGACAGUUACGGUGCUGCGUACGUCACUAUCAGAUCGGAAAAAGGCGCGAAGAGAGACAUCUACUUCUGUUUCGAACGCCAUCGGAAAGCCGCAGAAUGAGCAGGAGCAAGAGCAGCAGCCACAACGAAAAAAGAACCAGCUCGUGCCUAUCGCGCUGAUCGAGCUCAGCUUCCCAUCCGAAGCAUCUAUCGAGUUUCCGCUCAAGGAAAGCAGCACAUCAUCCGGCUCGGCUAAGGGCAAUGGAGGGGUCAGCAGCGCGGGCGUCAGGCUUGAUCGCGUCGGCGUCGAUAAGGCAACAGAAUAUUUGCGAGAGGAGCUGAACCGACUUCGCGAGACUGCUGAAAGCUUCGGUGCUUGAGGAAGUCAGGAACUCUCUUUGGCUCCUUGCUGCUUUUGGAGGCGCAUCAAAAGGAGUAUAUUUACAUUGGCUUUACCUCGCACAUCAUAUGCGCAAUUUCCCUCCUACACAGCCACGAACCAACAGCUGCGUUUGAUGAACUCUCGACGCGUCGUUGACCGUGAGCUACGUCUUCUUUUAACCGUCGCCUACAUGUACCUCUCAUUCUUUCCUCUUUUCAUCCUUUCUACUGCCCUUUCUGCCCCCUUCGCCGGUAAGCGGGUCCAGUAGCGAUUGUUCUGUUGUCAUGACCUCCUCCACGCCUCGUCAUGCCCUGCUCAGGGACCCCAAGUCAAUUUUUACCUUGUUGAAUCCUUAGAAUGGUACACUCGUAUCUGGCGCGCUCUGGCAGUGGCUUGGGGACAAAGCUAAACUCUUUGCGCAUAUGGGCAUUACCCCUGUGUGGUCUCCCCCUCCCCGCUUACA